AUGGCGAAUUCGGACUCUGGACCUAAAAGAAAGUUUUCGUCGGAGAAAUAUAAAGGCUAUUACGAGCUAAACGAUAAAGAACCCAUCUUCACGGCUCGCUACCUUGGAGUGACAAACGUGGACGCGUCGUUCCAGCCAGAAAGAGCACACGAAAUCAGCGCGAGAUGUGUCGACAAACUUCACAAAAAUUUACAAGACAGCGGCAAAAAGAGGAAAGUUUCCCUUCUCAUAUCCACGAACGUCUCCCGUGGGCUUACUCUUACAGAGAAAGGAAGCGAGAAAGAGGCGUACUACGCGCUGUGCGACAUCGCCUUUUGUUCGACAGACGUGCGCGACGAAUCGAUAUUUUCCUUCAUUGCUGACUGCGAUGGAGAGCUACAAUGCCAUGUCUUUUCUUUCAAGAACGAGGAGUCGGCUAAAGCGGUGUGCAUGGCCCUAUCAAAUGCGUUUAGCACGGCCCAUGGCGAGUGGAUGAGAAAACAAAAGCGAGAGAAAGCCAAGAAAAUAAGCCGUCAGGAAAUAACUGUCUCUCCAAUAUACGCAUGAAGUUUUUUACUUAUUCUUUGGACUAAGAAACAAACCAAGAAACAGACAAAAUAGUUCCAAAGAAGAAGACUGAACUGAACGACAAACAAUACUUUCCAUCUUUCCUUCUGGUGGAUCGAGCGGCUUUGGCAAAGAGUGAAAGUUCUGACAUUGCUGAGUGCACUAAUACUUACUGGGGCAGUGGUCCUCUUUAAUAAUACUCGUCAGACCAGUUUGGCGACUUUUCGAGAUCUUAGCAUGCAUGCACUCUGUCUAGCAUGCAGUCGCGGAUAUAUAAAUUAAAAUCGAUUUCAUUUUGGAAACAUUUUCCACGACUACAACUCAGUGACUACAGAACAGUGACAAUGAAAAUCUAACGCAAUAGGAAGGAGACAAUAGAAGGCUUGCGGCUAUCCUUUUCCUUUAUCAAACCUCUUCAUCUGAUACUCUGUUUUAGCUAUUUUUUGACAUGUAUGCCGUUGCCAAGCCUAAUUUAGACCAAACAUGAGCCUAUUCAAAAUAAAAAAAAAUGUCACAAUUCCAUGGCAAAAAUCUAGGAAAAAAGAACCCAGACAGGUGUAAGUCCCAGAGAAGGCACUUAGUACUACUUAGCUCAGAGACAGAGAAUUUGCUCGUGAUGUUCACGAUUAUUUUUUGUUUAUUCAGGCAUUAGGGGCCAUUAAACACUCUAGGAUUGUAGAGCUCUAGAAACCAAGGAUUUGUUCCAGAAUGAAAAGAAGCUUUCUUGGCUCCGAGUUAAAAGUUAUCCCUUGUAAUUAUUAUUUUUUUUGGCGAAAACAAUUGCAACUGUUUUAUCUGCAAUUUGAGCAAAAUAAAUAUUUCACAAUUGAUUGGGUUACAAAAGAAAAACAGAAAUUAAAAAAAAAAAAAGGAUAUCGCGUAGCUAUAAUGCUAAGCUGCGACUUAAACGCUACAUUCGUAACAUAAAAAAUGUUGACUUUAAAAAGUUAUUUUUUUUAAGAGCAGCGACUGUUUUGCGGCCAAUGCCUGUAUGAUCACAGGCAGUCACAGGCAGCCCAAGCGUCAUAUAACCUUGUGUGUGAGAAAAACAACUGAGAAUUGCUAUCUAUAAAUAGGC